AUGUUGUAUGCUGCGACGACCUUGCCAGCAACGUGCCAUGACACGCCAUGCGACAAGGGCAGGACAACUCGUCCAUGUCAUGACGAUUGGGCGUGGUCGAGAAGCAGAAUAGCCAGUGCCAGCGCCAAUCGUUUCAUAUACGGUGACCGUGAAAGUUGUGCUAAAAACCUGAGAGUUGGUGAUAUAGUGGAACGUCACCUUGAUAAUGGUGAUUUUGUGCUGUUCAAUCGUCAACCGUCUCUCCACAAAGUCUCCAUAAUGUGUCAUCGGGUGAGAGUCAUGCCCGGAAGAACAUUCAGGUUCAAUGAAUGUGUUUGUACCCCGUACAAUGCUGAUUUUGAUGGUGACGAAAUGAAUUUGCACGUGCCUCAAACCGCAAGAAGCGCGGGCAGAGGCCAGCCUACUAAUGGGCGUGAAGAGCAACCUUGUUAG